AUGGCGUACAGCCUGGAGGCUCAGUGGGACAUGCUGGGAUUCUCCAACAAAGCACUGGGCUUCGAGUCCGGGGCCUUGGCUCGCGGGGGCGUGUGCCGAUGGCGCGGCCAGGCCCUCUCCGAUCCACCGGAGCUCUGGGACUUGAGCUCGGGCGAGUGUUUCAAGACGCUCCACGGAAACGGUGCAGGUCUUCGCAAAGUCGUCCUGCUUGCCGACCAGCAGCAUGUGUUGACUGGAUCAGAUGACGGCACGGCGAUUCUCUGGAACUUGGGAGGAGCUGGUCAUCGAACCCUCGCUGAUCAUGGGGCCUGCGUCACAGAGGUCUCCGCAUCGCCAGACAGCAGCCUGGUGCUGACCAUUGCUCACGGCGAGCUGCGGGUGUUUCGAACUGGCUCCGGAGAAUGCAUAUGGGCUCUGGAUGACGAGUACAUCCUCCAUGCCUGCUUUGCGCCCAACUCUGCAGAAGUUCUGGUUGCAUCGAGCACUCAACUUCGGCUUUGGUGCCUCAAGGAGCUGCGAGAAAGUGCCCGGCUUCAGGGACACGGGGCAGCGGUUCUGGCAGCGACCUACUCAAGGGACGGCCGCUUGAUCUUGUCUGCUUCAAUCGACCGCACGGCUCGUGUUUGGGAUGCCAACAGCGGGGCGUGCCUUCACAUUCUGUCCGGGCAUUUGGACUCCGUCAGAGCACUCAGUGUCUCUGCAAGCGGCGAACUCCUGGCCACAGCAUCUGGAAUCACGGCACGUGUGUGGUCCUCUGCCACUGGGGCAUGCGAGAGAACCAUCAACAGCCACCCCGGUACUAUCUAUGCGCUGCAGUUUUCUGCGGAUGCACGGAUUCUGCUUGUCGCCUUCGGCUGUGGGCGAGAAGUGUUUGCUGGCCCUGCCAAUA